AUGAGCGGCCCCGGCGUCGGAUUCGAGUACCCUCCGAUCGAGGUGGCAUGGCUGAAGCGCGACCUGCUGCUGUUCGCCAACAGCAUCGGCGUCACCGUCGACGAGCUCCACUUCCUCUACGAGCUCCACCCUUCCUUCGCCGCCUUCCCAACCUACCCGCUCAUCCUCCCCUUCAAGCAUGCCGAUCAGGAAGUCGUCGACUUCCUCGCCCGCUCCUCGGCCAUCCCCAUCCCGGGCGUCCCCAACUUCGACCAGAAGCGCGGCGUCGAUGGCGAGCGCAAGAUCGAGGUGCUCAAGCCGCUGCCCGUGACGUCACAGGGUCGUGUGUUUGAGAUCCGCCAGAAGGUGCUGGGUGUCUAUGACAAGGGGAAGCCGGGGACCGUGAUCGAGACGGAGACGGUCUUGGUGGAGAAGGGGUCCGGCGAGGUGUACAGCAGGGUUAUCGGGAGCGGGUUUAUGGUUGGCCAGGGGGGUUGGGGUGGUCCGAAGGGUCCCAAGACGAUCAACUACCCGCCUCCCGAGGGCAAGGAGCCCGACGCGACCUUUGUCCAGAAGACGAACGCCGAGACGGCGCACCUGUAUCGCCUCAACGGCGACUACAACCCGCUCCACGCGACUCCCGAGCCGGGCCAGCAGAUGGGCUUCGGCGGCGUCAUCAUGCACGGCCUGUACUCGUGGAACUCGACGGCGCACGGGGUGCUCAAGCGCUUCGGCGGCUCCGACCCCAGAAACAUCAAGGAGUUCGCCGCCCGCUUCGCCAGCCCCGUCCGCCCCGGCGAUACGCUCGUCACUGACAUGUGGCGCGUCGGCCCCGCUGAGGGCCACCCCGCCGGCUGGGACCAGAUUAGGUUUGUGACGAGGGUCGAGCAGAGCGGCAAGGUGGUCUUGAGCAACGGCAGGGCGGUGGUGAAGGUCGUGCAGGAGGGGAAGAGCAAGUUGUAA